GCAAAAGCAGAGGCUUAAGGAGCUCCUGGGGAGAGAUAGGGAGCCAGCAGGCCAAAGGCCUGGCUGGGGCUUGGGGGUUGGACGCAUGGAACGGUCCCAAUCCCAGUCCCAGCAGCAUGGGGGUGAACAAAACUGGUGGGGUAGUGCCCCCCAGUACCAGUACAUGCCGUUUGAACACUGCACCAGCUAUGGACUGCCCUCAGAGAAUGGGGGCCUUCAGCACCGGCCCCGAAAGGACAUGGGUCCCAGGCACAAUGCCCACCCGACACAGAUAUAUGGCCACCACAAGGAAAGUUAUUCCUACAAGGAGCAAGACGGGGGGAUGCCCAAGAAGAUGGGCUCCAGUUCCACCGUGAACAGCCUGGAUGAGGACCACUAUUCUAAAUGUCAAGACUGUGUCCACCGCCUGGGACAGGUCGUCAGAAGGAAGCUGGGGGAGGACUGGAUCUUCCUUGUGCUCCUGGGCCUACUGAUGGCUCUGGUCAGCUGGUGCAUGGACUACGUUAGCGCCAAGAGCCUUCAGGCCUACAAGUGGACCUAUGCCCAGAUGCAGCCCAGCCUUCCCCUGCAGUACCUGGCCUGGGUCACCUUCCCACUUAUCCUCAUCCUCUUCAGUGCCCUCUUUUGCCAGCUCAUCUCUCCACAGGCUGUGGGCUCUGGAAUACCUGAGAUGAAAACAAUUCUUCGUGGUGUUGUCUUGAAGGAAUACCUCACACUCAAGGCCUUUGUAGCCAAGGUGGUGGCCUUAACGGCUGGGCUGGGCAGUGGCAUCCCUGUGGGAAAAGAGGGUCCCUUUGUUCAUAUUGCUAGCAUCUGCGCCGCCGUCCUGAGCAAGUUUAUGUCCAUGUUCUGUGGUGUCUAUGAGCAGCCGUACUAUUACACCGACAUCCUGACAGUGGGCUGCGCCGUGGGGGUUGGCUGCUGUUUUGGAACACCACUUGGAGGGGUGCUGUUCAGCAUCGAGGUCACCUCUACCUACUUUGCCGUCCGAAAUUACUGGCGAGGCUUCUUCGCGGCCACCUUCAGUGCCUUUGUAUUCCGGGUCCUGGCGGUGUGGAACAAGGAUGCCGUCACCAUUACCGCUCUAUUCAGAACCAAUUUCCGAAUGGAUUUCCCUUUUGACCUGAAGGAACUUCCAGCUUUUGCUGUCAUUGGGAUCUGCUGUGGGUUCUUGGGAGCUGUUUUCGUUUAUCUGCAUCGUCAGGUCAUGCUUGGUGUCCGAAAGCACAAGGCUCUCAGCCAGUUUCUUGCUAAGCACCGCCUGCUGUAUCCCGCAAUUGUCACCCUUGUCAUCGCCUCACUGACCUUUCCACCAGGAAUGGGUCAAUUCAUGGCUGGAGAGCUGAUGCCCCGUGAAGCCAUCAGUACGCUGUUUGACAAUAACACGUGGGUAAAGCACAUAGGGGACCCCCAAAGCCUGGGCCAGUCAGCUGUGUGGAUUCACCCCCAGGUCAACGUGGUCAUCAUCAUCCUCCUCUUCUUCAUCAUGAAGUUUUGGAUGUCCAUUGUGGCUACCACUAUGCCCAUACCCUGUGGAGGGUUCAUGCCUGUUUUUGUCCUAGGAGCUGCAUUUGGAAGGCUGGUAGGAGAAAUCAUGGCCAUGUUGUUCCCUGAGGGUAUCUUAUUUGAUGACUUCCUCUACAAGAUCUUACCUGGGGGCUAUGCAGUAAUUGGAGCAGCAGCUCUGACUGGGGCUGUCUCCCACACAGUCUCCACAGCGGUGAUUUGCUUUGAAUUAACUGGCCAGAUCGCUCACAUCCUGCCCAUGAUGGUGGCUGUCAUCCUGGCCAACAUGGUGGCUCAGAGCCUGCAGCCCUCCCUCUAUGACAGCAUCAUCCAGGUCAAGAAGCUUCCCUAUUUGCCAGACCUUGGUUGGAACCAGCUCAGCAAAUUCACAAUCUUUGUUGAGGACAUCAUGGUACGUGACGUGAAGUUUGUUUCAGCUUCUUGCACAUAUGGAGAGCUGAGAAACCUACUCCAAACCACCACAGUCAAGACUUUACCAUUGGUUGAUUCCAAAGAAUCGAUGAUCCUGCUGGGCUCCGUGGAACGCUCGGAACUGCAGUCCCUCCUACAGCGCCACCUAUGUGCAGAGCGAAGGUUGCAGGCUGCCCAGGCUAUGGCUCGCACCCUAUCAGAGAUGCCCUAUGAUGGCAAGGCGCGGCUGGCUGGGGAGUGGUACCCUGGUGGUCGGCCUGAGUCCUUUGCUUUUGUGGAUGAGGAUGAAGAUGAGGACCUCUCCAGGAAGACGGAGUUUCCCCAACCUCCUCCUCCAGCUCCCCUCUUUCCUGCCACCCCGUCAUACCCGGAAGAACCUAAUGGGCCGCUGCCCAACCUCAAACAGCCACCUGAAGCCCCAGACCCCACAGGUCAAAGAGCAUCCACCUUCCGGCGCCUGCUGCACUGCUUGCUGGGCACAGCUCACUCUACAAAGAAGAAAAUGGCGCAGGACUCGAUGGAUUUAGUGGAUAACAUGUCACCUGAAGAGAUCGAGGCCUGGGAGCGGGAGCAGCUGAGCCAUCCUGUGUGCUUCGACUGCUGCUGUAUCGACCAGUCUCCCUUCCAGCUGGUGGAGCAGACCACGCUGCACAAGACUCACACGCUCUUCUCGCUUCUUGGCCUCCAUCUUGCCUAUGUGACCAGCAUGGGGAAGCUCAGAGGCGUCCUGGCUCUGGAAGAGCUACAGAAAGCCAUCGAGGGCCACACCAAAUCUGGGGUGCAGCUGCGCCCUCCUCUUGCCAGCUUCCGGAAUACAACUUCGACUCGGAAGAGUGCUGGGGGUCCCCCGCCUCCCUCAGAGGGCUGGAGUCUGCCUGGGGGUGGAGACGGGGCUCCUGGGACAGAAGGCAUGGUCCCUCCCGUGCCGGAGACUCCUGUACCACCACCGUCCCCGCCGUCCCCAGAGGCGCCUCGCUGCAUGGCCCCAGCCAGAGUGGAGGCUGAGCUGGAGGAGCUGGAGAUGGCGGGAAGCCAAGCGCCUGAGGAGGAUGACCUGGCUGACAUUUUGCAUGGGCCCAGCCUGCGGUCCACUGAUGAGGAGGAUGAGGAUGAGCUGAUCCUGUGAAGAACCAAGCUCUCUUCAGAAAAACAAAAACAAAACCACAGGGCCCGUGCCAGAGAGUGGACUCAUGUGUGACAGGGGUGCCUUGAGGUCGGGGAGGCCCCCCCUUCAUCUUGUUCCUACCCCCACUGUGAGAGGUGAUGUCUUAAAGAGAACCUGACCUUGAGAAAAGGGAGGAAUCUGGGUCUGUCACACCCCUUCCGUCAUUUCCAGGCAGGGCUCAGGGCCCCCGUGCUUGGAAGAGCCCUGUGUUUUCCUGCUCUGCAGGUUCAGUCCCCAUCGGGUCUUUAACCUCCCAGGGCUCCCCGUGUUGCUCGGUCACCGCCCUAACCCUGCUGGUCUAGGUUUCGAUGUCCGCGUGGAAUUGAGAGUGGAGACCCAGACUGAUCGACUCUGCAAGUGCCGCACUGGAAGGGGCGAGGGACCCACAAUAUCGCCCGGUGGACUGGUCCCCUUACGGCGUGCCCGCCCCCAAGCCUGCCAGCCCGACUGUCCACCUGUUAGCUCUCCACAGUCCGUUUCCAGACCCCGUCCUUACUGUCACUGCCUCAUUCCCAGGCCAGGCCCACUUUUUCAGAGCUGAGAGAGCCAACUCUUGGUUCCAGGGAACCAAGUACAUACAGGCCCCCGGAAAAGAGGGGACAAAGGCUCUGUGUGCAGAGGAAAGUGUCACGGCCCAUUGUGUGUGUGUGUGUGUGUGUGUGUGUGUGUGUGUGAGACCCCCACGGCGGAAAGCUCUCUUGUGUCCACUGGCUGUCUGCUUAGUUCCAGGUUACCCCUAGAGCACGCAUACUCCGUCUCACCCGCUGCAGUGGCCGGCGAGCCUGUCAACGGUCGCCUCUGCCUUGGAGUCACCCUUCCUGGGCCCACUCCUCCCCAAGCCUCAGUAAGGCUCUCAUCUAGCAGUGGGUCACGCAGAUUCCAGACGCCGAUUCCAGUUCCUUAUAAUAGCUCUUUGGAACCUGUUGGCAUAGACCUGGGGGUACCCUUGGGGUGGCAAGCUUCAGCUUGCCCCGCCCUUAGAGGACUCCCAUGCUUUUCCUUUCAAGCCACCCAGGAGCUUGGUAGCUGUACUGCACAGCAGCAGCUUGCUUCACCUAGAAAGAGAUGCCUGUGCUCUGAGCAUCCAGACGCCCGGCUCCACUCACUGUACGCCUUUAGUUCUGCACCCCAGCCCUCAGACGUUCUCUGUAGGCCCCUCCCCCUUGCCCAGGUCUCCUCUGCGCCCCCCCCAAAUAAGACACUCAUAGUCAGAGGAUGCCGCCACACUCUGUUUAGUGUCGUUGAGCACAGCCUUCUCCAGCAUGGGGUCCUUCCACCUCCCCAGGCCAAGGAAGACACUGAGGCCUAGGUAGGAGAAACAGCCGGGGGCGUCCAAGCCCAUGCCCGUGUGUGUAUAUAAUCUAUAAUACUUUAUAUAUAUUUAUUUAUAUUUAUAUAGAGUUCUCUCUGCAAUAUAUGUCAUAGAGUCCUUCCUGGGCCUGGUGUGAGUUCCACGUUAAGGAAACAUGCUAAGACUGACCAUAAAAAUGGGUAUGUCUCAGACCUGGAAGACAGAGUGUGGGAUAUAAAGGGGGUGAGGGUUCCCUCCUUGACACAAGAAAAAUAAGGGAGGUGUGUGAACUGGGGAGGGCGAUGGAAGGGAAGAAUGGAAGGUUUGGAUUUUCAUUUAAUAAAGUCAGUUGAAAGUGAAA